CCUCAACAGCACAGAGAUCCAACCAUGGCACCAGCAAUCACUGCAGCAAUGACCAGCUCUCAGGAGCAUCUGAUGCUGAACCACAAGCUCAGAAAACCUCAGGUGGAGAAACUACGCAGAGAGCGAAUCAACAGCAGUAUCGAACAGCUCAAGUCUCUCCUGCUGGGUGCAGAGUUCCUGAAACAGCAGCCAGACUCCAAGUUGGAGAAAGCAGACAUCCUGGAGAUGACUGUUUGCUUCCUGAGACAACUGCAGAAGCAGCAUCCAGAUGUGGACUCAGGGGCUGUUGAGCUGGGGUAUUCCAGAUGUGUUCAAGAGGCUGUGCACUUCCUGUCCAAAGAUGAAGUGAAGACACAGUCCCAAAGAAAACUUCUGAAGCAUUUCAGCACGAUGCAGUCUUUCUCCAUGAAGAUCUUGAGAAAAGCAGACUUCUCUCCUCAGAGCUCAACAGAGCAAGGUAGCGUCAGUAAAGACAAGAAUCCGCUCCACAGCCCCCUCUGGAGGCCGUGGUAGACGCCUACAGCACGGAGUUCCCACAAGAGAAACUUAGACCAUAUUGGUCUAAAAAAACAUACUGGACUAAAUUCUUUUUUUAAAUCAAAUUAUUUCUGUUUAAAAAGAACAUGCUAUAUAUU